AUGCUGACUGACAAUUUGUUGCCAAUAUGGUUCUACCUUUGCAGACCUUCUAGUGCAAGGAACUCAGUAAGCUCACCAAUAAUUGCCCGAAACUCCUCCUAUGGCCGAUCACCAUUCUCACGCCGGCUAUCUGACUUCUCUACUUCUGACUUCAGUCUCUCCCUGGAUGCUGCAUACCCCAAUUAUCGGCAUGAAAAACUUGCAUUCAAGGAGCAAGCCAGUUCCUUCUGGCGCCUUGCAAAAAUGAACUCUCCUGAAUGGGCCUAUGCUUUAGUUGGCUCCAUUGGCUCCAUUGUUUGUGGCUCUCUUAGUGCCUUCUUUGCAUAUGUCCUGAGUGCUGUCCUUAGUGUCUACUACAACCCAAACCAUGGUUACAUGAGCAGAGAGAUUGCAAAAUACUGCUACCUUCUAAUUGGUGUUUCAUCAGCUGCACUUAUUUUCAACACACUGCAGCAUUUCUUCUGGGAUGUUGUGGGAGAAAAUUUAACGAAACGGGUGAGAGAGAAAAUGCUGGCAGCAAUUAUGAAAAAUGAAAUGGCAUGGUUUGAUCAGGAGGAAAAUGAAAGUUCUAGGAUUGCAGCUCGGUUGGCUCUUGAUGCCAACAAUGUGAGGUCUGCUAUUGGGGACCGCAUCUCAGUGAUCAUGCAGAACUCAGCUCUCAUGCUAGUAGCCUGCACGGCAGGGUUUGUUUUGCAGUGGCGCCUAGCCCUUGUCCUCGUUGCUGUCUUCCCUGUGGUUGUCGCGGCCACUGUUUUGCAGGUUUGUUUUCCUACAACCAAGUCCUAA